AUGCCCCGCUUUAACCGACGGGAGCAGCUCCCGCUGCAUAUCAAGCGCGCUAUUUGCGUGCACCACGUAGACAACCCCCGCCUGCGUCAUGUCGACCUGGCGAGGUGGUGUUACUCGCAAUACGGAUUGCGCCCAGAUCGUUCCACUGUCGGCCGCAUCUUGAAGAGCGCUGAGCUAUGGGAUGUUACGGCAGGUGGCGACAACCAAAUGCGACGUCGAGGUGGCGCAUGGCCUGAGCUGGAGCAGGCCAUGGCGCGGUGGAUCGCAAACGCAGGGCCCGCUGGCGUGCCUCUGACGCUGCAGACCAUCCGCGACCAUGUCGCGACGAUGGCACGGAACAUGGGCAUUCCGCCCACAUUCCGAUGCUCCAUAGGCUGGGUGCGCCGUGCUUUGAGGCGCCAGGGAGUGAGGUGCCGGGCAGCACAAGGCGAGGCGGCUAGUGCGGACAUGGCCGCCGUGCGCCACGCACGUGAGAAGCUGCCGCAACUCCUCACGCAUCUCGGUGUCACCCCGCGGGACACGUUCAACAUUGAUGAGACGGCGCUCUGGCUGUCGGUCCUCCCUCGGCGCACGUACAGCAACGGUCGCAUUCCGGGCCGCAAAAUUUCGAAAGAGCGGCUCACCGUGGCAUUCCUCGUCAAUGCUGACGGGAGUCACGUCUUCCGACCGGCCGUUAUCAGUAAGGCUAAGCGGCCGCACGACUUCCGCCCGGAUUAUGACCCGGAGUCCCUGUGCUACUGGCGGCACAACGCCAAAGGCUGGAUGACCUCGCCGAUGUCGCAUGUACACGACGAUGAGCCCACCCCUGCCGUCUACCCCGACAUCGAGCUCGACGACGACAUCGACGAUGUCGGGACUCUCAUCAGCGGGCUCGCACUCGGGAAUACGGCGAUGACGGCCGCAGAGUACGUCGCCAUCGACGACGGCGAGCCGACGAGCGCCGAGGGCGCUGAGGGACAGCCUGCGAAUGAGCCGGAGUCGGGCGAGCUGUUUGACGCCGGUGUGGGCGCCGUGAUGGACGGGUAUGUGGACGCGGCUGAGUGGAUGCGUAUUUUCCAGUAUGGUCACACCUUGAAGAUGAGUGCUGACAAGAUGAUUCUCCAGGAGAAAUCUGAUCACUCUUCUCGUGAAGAGGUUGAGACCGACAAGGAGCACAUGUCCACUGAGGGGCGUGGUAAAUCACGCUCCCCAGUGAAACGCAAGUCUCGCGUGCUUAGUAGUUUGACCCGCGAUGACAUUGUGAGGCUCUUUGACUUCCCAAUCGAGACAGCCGCCAGAUUAGUUGGGGUUGGAGAAACUGCAUUGAAACGAAGAUGUAGGGAACUCGGCAUCGUAAGGUGGAAGCACCGGACUCUGAUGGGCUUUAGAAACAUUGCGAGCUCACUGCAGAUCCCGUCCGAGGAGUUGACGCGGUGUUUUGAAGAAGACCCAAACUUAGAGCUGGGAGCUAAUCUUUGUAAAGUUCGACAAAAGGUCUACAAGGAACGACACCAGUCCAAGAUCUGUGUGGUUGGCCGGGCAGUGAAUAGUUCUCAAGGAGAACGUCCAGAGACCAACGUUCCCCAAGAAUCAUGUCGGGAAUGA